CGUAAACAAUAAUGGCGGAAAAUAGUUGAAUUUCCAUUUUUCUUUAGAAAAUAAUGGCAAUAGCAGCGUUAAUAUCCACCAACUGAGCUAUUUUUCUCAUUAAGUUAAAAAAAUUAGACACGACCCUUUAAAGUUCAGAUGGCUGAAGUUCACAUAAUUGGUCAGAUUUAUGGGGCCACUGGUUUUCCAGACCACAGUCUGUUUUGUAAAUGGGGAAUUCAUGCAGGAGGUGCAUGGAAGGUGCUUGCAGGAGAUAGAGAAGGGCAAUCACAAGUGGACAACCCGGUUAACCAGGAGGCAGCUUUCUUCGGUCACCCAAUAGAUAUACACUUUGCAACCAAAGGAUUACAAGGCUGGCCGAAACUCCACUUCCAGAUCUGGCAUCAGGACAGCUUCGGGCGUAACGAGCUGUAUGGCUACGGCUUCUGCCAUGUGCCAACCUCCCCUGGCAUGCACAACAUAGAGUGCCAAACCUGGAAACCCUCAGGCACCUACAGGGAACAGAUAACGCAGAGUUUCCUCGGUGGCGGCCCCCAGCUGAAGAACCCAGACCUUAUAUACAGCUCCGCCCUCAGAUGCAAGCUUGUUACUACUGCUAUGGGGACCAUUCAUUUAAAGAUUGGUGUAAUUCUGAGAAACUUUGAUAAGUUUGGUAUAGAAUGCUAGCAAGAAGACUUCUUAUUUGAAGGGUGAUAUUAUGCUUGUUUGUAGAAUGCUAUGGUUGAUAUCUGACACAGAUGUUUGAAUAUGCUUAUUAUUUAUUUCACCUGUGAUACAUGUAGCUUAAUUACUUGGGUUGUUCAUGCGAUAUCAUAAUGGCUUUGUAGUAAGCAAAUAAUUACACCAUUUUGAUGUAUAGAAAGCCAUUGUUUUGUAUAAAUCGAAAUGUAAGAUUAUGAUACUGAAUAAUAUUGUGAAUAUGUAAAUUGAAAUUCAUACUUAUUGUUACAGGAUGUCAUUUAUGUAUGGAAAUUCAAAAAUGUACUAUGCACUUAUUCUGUUCAACAGUUUGGAUCUUUUUUGGUUUUACGAGAUCAACUGUUUUCAGAGCUGAAUUCUGAUUAUCGGCUCCAGCAAUUUCAUGUCAUAUACUUUGCUAUUAUAAGCCUCCUUUCAAUAAUUAUUUUUGUACAAAAAAUAUUUUCAAGGAACAUAUUAAGUGCUUAUAAUAUUGUUAUUAAAAUAUCUUUUAAAUAAUCAUAAUUUAUGUUGGAGCAUUUUUUUACACCAAGCUAAUUGUGCAUUAAAAUGGCUAUAUUGUGAAGUAUGUUUUACAGGUAGUUAUGAUAUGUAAUGUAGAAUACUUUUAGUUGUAAAUAUCCGUCCAGAAUAAAAAAUAAAUAUGUAAACACAU